AUGACAGCCUUCAUCUCGCCCUAUCGCGCCGAUAGGGAUCAGGCAAGAGAACUGAUUGCUGAAGGUAGAUUCGUUGAAGUUUUUGUCGACUGUCCGCUUGAGGUCUGCGAAGAACGCGAUACGAAAGGCUUAUACAAAAAAGCACGCGCUGGAGAGAUUAAGGAGUUUACCGGUAUCAGCGCACCUUACGAAGCACCUGUCGAUCCAGAGGUCACGGUGAAUACAGCGGAACUCUCCCUUGAAGAAUCCGCCUACGAUCGUCGUCUCGUCUCUUGUGAAAGCCGGCUUAGUUCCGGGUGGAAAUUAGGCGAGAAACAGAGAUAUUCGCGUAACACGAAAAUGCCACGCACAGAGGGCAUGAAAAUGGAAUCAGUUAUCAGGAACUUCAAUGAGAACGGGUUCGCCAUCCUGCACGGCGUUUUGGAACCGGUAACGCUUAAGGCUGUCAAACAGGAAUGUGAAGCGUUAGUCGCUGAACUGGCGUUGCAACGGUGUGCGGAAGGAAAACUGACGGACACCUAUCCCGAUGCCCCUUUUGAAACCCGCCUGAUCCGGCUCUACGAAAACUAUCCAGACGAAAACCCAACCAUUUUUCGUUCGGAACUCCAUCGGGAAGGUUUUUUUGACGUGUUCGCACACCCUACCCUCCUUGAACUCGCGGGUCUCAUCCUCGGUCCAGAGAUCCGAUUGUACCCGAACUACUCGGUUCGUCCGAAACUGCCGGAGAACAAACGCACAGAGGUUUUGUGGCAUCAAGAUGCUGGUUAUACUUCAAAAGAAGCUGAUGUCCUUGCGGAUGAUGAAUGUCUGGACACCUUUAGUGCCGGUCAACGUUGA